GGAUCCGCCAAGUGACGCAAAGAAGAAGGAGAAGGAGAAGAAGAAGAAGAAGAAGAAGAAGAAGAAGAAGAAGAAGAAGCUAAAAAAAAACAAGACGGGCACUUGGGUGUCUGAUAACAAACAAGGUUACACACUAAACUGAAAGAUAACUACCCGAUGCAUGAUGCAAGAUGUGAUAAAGCCUUAUUGACACCUGUAAGGGGUGGCUGAUAUGGUGGACCUGAGAUUUACCCUCAGGAGCCCCCAGCCUCACUUUUUUAUGAGAGCCUGGGGCAAAUGUUGCCACAGAUUAUGGAUCUAGGAUAUCAUCUUCCAUGAGAUUCCAAUUUCCCAAGACUUUAAACCAACAGCUGUAAGGAACAUGGAGAGAGAAGCAGCUGAGAAGGAGAUGGAUUGCGUUACUGAUGCUGAAGAGGAGAUCCCUGAUGGUGAUUCCACAUCAGUGACUGAGUGUGGUCAGUGGGAGGCUAGACGGACUGAUGAUGAAUGCCAGCUGGAGGACCAAACAGCCUAUGCCACAUCUCAGGACAACCCAAAUCCAGCCACUCCACAUGACUCUCAGAUUGGCGAAGCGGAGUAUUAUGGAUCUCCAGAGGCCAAAGAGGAUAUUGAGGAGGUUUCAGAUGGGUCUGAGCAUGACGACACUGCAGAUCAUGAGAACUCGCAUGUUAUAAAUCAGGAAGAGGAUGAAGCUGCGAAGGAGCAGCACAUGAACGGGGAGUCUAGUUGGAGGAAUGUGGGUCCUGGUCGGAGAUUUAAAUUGAGGAGCAGUGGAUCAGUUUCAGAGCAGGGCAGUCAAAGUGCUUUUUCCUCUAUUCCAAAAGGAAAUGUUACGUCAAGUGGUGGUCGGCACAAGCAGACACGCAGGCGUAACCACCACCACCAUCAGAACCGAGGCCGCAGGAGGACAGGCAACCAGCUCCUUUUAGCUUUCAAGGAGAUGCUGUCAGAAUCUGUGAGCUUCUGGUGCAUCUCCUGCGUCCACAUGAUGAUUGAGAUUAUUGUCACAUUAACACACAAUUGUGGAGUCGGUGUUGAGACUGGAGGGAUGAAACUUUACAGUUUAGGGCAGCAGGUCCUUGGAAAGAUUACAGAUAUAGCAGGGCUGAAGGGAGACGCUUGUCGGGUUUUGAAAUGGACGAAAUGCAAAGGAACGGACCUCAUGGAUAAAACUGUUAGGUCAGUGAAGUGGGGAAAGACGACUGCCUUAUCUUUUUUGAGACUUUUCUGUGCUUUGGUUAUUCUGGGUUACCAUUGGGCAAAAUGUGCAUUGGUUCGCCUUGCGGGAGAACGGGGAAAACGCUAUUGGACAGCUUUUCAGGAGUCAAGGUUUUGGAAGAGUGUGGUGUCCAUGCUGGAGAGAGUCCGAAGCAAGUUCAAGAGGAAAGGCCAUGCACCCCCGUCCAGCCUUGACUCACCCAGCAGAGCGGGGAGGAGCGGGCCAGGACAGGAGCUAGAUAGACUGCUGGCGUUGGCUGAGGUACCAGAGGAGGAACUCGACCCCUUUACCGUGCUCGGGGUGGAAGUGCAUGCCACUGAGGCUGAACUGAAGAAGGCCUACAGACAGCUUGCUGUACAGGUCCAUCCAGACAAGAAUAAACACCCACGAGCUGGAGAGGCGUUCAAAGUUCUUAGGGCUGCCUGGGAUAUUGUCAGUAAUCCAGAGACUCGACGAGAAUAUGAGUUGAAGCGCAUGGCAGCAACUGAGCUCUCAAAGUCCAUGAACGAGUUCCUCACUAAACUGCAGGAUGACCUGAAGGAAGCCAUGAACACCAUGAUGUGUACUAAGUGUGAAGGCAAACACAAGCGGUUCGAGAUGGAUCGUGAACCUGAUGAGGCCCGGUUCUGUGCUGAAUGCAACCGUUGCCAUAGUGCAGAGGAAGGGGACCUUUGGGCCGAGUCCAGCAUGCUGGGCCUACGCAUCACAUACUUUGCCUUUAUGGAUGGCAAGGUGUAUGAUAUUACAGAGUGGGCAGGUUGCCAAAGAAUAGGUAUUUCUCCUGACACGCACCGUGUGCCCUAUCACAUCUCUUUCGGUGCAAAGAACAACAGCACCUCCACACGACACAGGACGCCCUCAGAGAGCACCCCACCUCCCACCAACCCUGCAGAUUUACAGGACUUCUUCAACCGUAUCUUCAAGGGCGGACCUCCUAAUGACAUGGCUAGCAACGGGGGCUUCUUCCCCUCAGGCCCCCCCCCUCACCCCCCACCUGGUGCUGCAGCACCCCCGUUCUCUCCUCCCCCGAGCCAGACAGGUUUCUUCAUGCCGGGGGCGCAGCGACCAGAGCCCAGCGAGACGUGGGCUGAGAGUGGCAAACCCCCCCGGAGGAGGAAGAAGGUCCGCAAACCCUUCCAGAGGUGAAGGCUGUUAACCUCUCAGUGAAACGUCAUAGCAACACAGGGACACAAUAGAUAAUGGCCAUGUGGUUCUCUCGCCUGCCUGUUGGCAUGCCAAGAUCUGAACCAGAGAUAAUUCAUGGGUCCGCCGGAGGAGAGAGACUGCAGCGUGUGAAGUAUUGAAGGGGGUUGGAAGAGUGUGACGGUGCUUUACCUCUCAUCUCACCUUAGAUUUUCGUCGGUCUUUAAGGCAAAUGUAGCCUUGGCAUUGAAAUCCUUAUCAGGAUGCUGUGUUGAAACAUUUCUUUCAUCAUUUCCGGCCAAAUCCUGCAAUGCAUGAUUUAUUCACCUGCAUUUUAACACUUCAGUUUUCUCACUUUUGUUGGUGUUUUUCAGAAGGUUAGGUGAAGACGUUGGCUCCCUCCGGAGUGAGUGACACUUGAAUAGAGGGUUACAUUGAGUAAUGGAUCAUUUAGUUAACGUGAUGAUAAUGAUGGGCAGCUUCACUGUCAGAGGUUACUCAUGUUGCACCUUGCCAACAUAUUAUUUUAAUAAAGAUUAAAAACCAGUUGAACCCAACAGAUCUGAACCAAAUUUACAAAGAGAGCAGGAAGUUGUAAAUGUGGCCGAGCCAGAGAGGAGAGGGUGAAGAUAUAACAUCUGGACCUGAAUAGGUAAAUUUAUAAUUUUGCUUUGAAAUACUGAUCCAAACAUUCUUAAUGUUCCCGCUGUUCAGUGCUACAGCUCCAGGUUGAUGUUGUAAUUGCAGCACAAGUGAAGCAGGAAUGAGUCCAGCUGUGUUACUGAACUCCAGCGAAGCUGCUCUGAUCCAAAACUUUAAAAGUGAAGCCUUGACAUUUUGAAAUGUUGUUAUUAUUCCUCACCAGGGAUUGAUUCCCAGUUAAAAAAACACAUACUAACAUCUGCACUGCCCCCGCUUGAUUCACAAUAAAACCACGCAGAAUGGAAAGUCUGCCACAGUUUCACUGGUUUACAAAGUUUAACAGUCAUUUGAGUCUUAAAUGUGUAUUUAAUUUUGCACCACAAAAUGUGCUAAUUUGCAAAAACUGAAACAAGCUUGACCUGUAUAAAAACUUACAAUGCUGUUAAAUCCUUUUUUCAAAUCAGCAUUAUUCAUUUUAUGUCUGUCAUGACCUCCACCCAGUCAACCCAAAACAGAUAAGUCUGUUUAAUAAUUACAAUUGUAACAAUGUAAAAUUAUUUAUUUUGAUCUUGUGUCAUCUUAGAGACUCCUCUCAGCUUUCAGUUUAAGAAAUAAUAAAUGUGUCUCUGUUUUGCUGUCAUGCACAUUAAAAGGUUGUUUUCUUUUGGUUUAAAUUUCCACCUGGAUGUGGGUAAUCUUUCAAAAUGUCAAGGUCACAAGUGCACAGACUUUCUAAUUUAACUCGUAUGCUGUUUGAUACAACUUGAAGGGUCGUAAAAAGAUGAUUUGUUGUACUUUUGGUUUAGUUUUUUGACAUGGUUCUUGCAUAGAACGGAUUUUCUUUUCAUCAUCGUUUAAUUUAAGAAAACCGAUGUUAUUGUUUACACCUGAUAUGUGAAGUUUGUGAGUGUAGUGAAAUGGCAGUUAUGUGUGAUGAGGCAUUUGAUAAAGGCUAUUUUUUUAAUAAUGACAGUUGAUGAAAAGUACCAUGUUCAAUGUUUUUUGUUGUUGUGUUAAUUUGCACACCCACCCCUGUAAUAACAUCAGCAGGAUUUUGAACAGUCAUCCGUGAUUUAGCCUAACCAGCCUCCUCCAGCUGCAGCUGAGUAGGAGGUGUAGCUCGCUAAGCUAACAGCUCAUUUGCAAAUAACAAUUUUUUUGGGUAGAAUCUGAACGUUAAAUGAGUGUCAAAAACAACAUUUAAGUUGCACGACCAUCAAGCUCUGGCAUUACACAAGUGUCAGAAUUAUGUUCUGGCAAUAGAUUGCAUAAUGUGGGUUUGUCUCGUAGCUUGAGAAGAUGAAUCUUUCUUGCAAAUGUCCCUAGAGCUCAUCGAAGCAGGUCAUUAAGUUUGCCAUGUUUCUUUUCAUGUGUCAAAUUGAUUUCUCUUUACUCAUUGGAUCAGUUUCCCAGACACGGAUUGAGUCGUUAUACUAAAAAUGGCCCCUUAUUAAAAAAUAUUAUUCUGGGGUAAAAUGAUAUUGCAUAAAAGAAAGGUUGUAGCUAAGACAGAAAACUAUAAUGGCCUUAAACUACUUUUUGUAAUUGGGUUAAAUUCAAAUGCUGAUAAUCAGAAAUAAAUCAACAAAACUGAUAUCAACCACAUAUGCAGUGAUUCAUGUUGCAUAUUCAUUUCGGCCUGGAUCACCUCGGUUCCUAUUUACAUUUUCAAAGAAAACUUCAAUAUAUAAUCCAGUCCCUACCUGGGAAACACAUCUGAAACCACGCUGAGCAGAGUGCAUUGUUUUCCACACCUUGACUCGAGAAUGUACCGGGCUGUGUGUUAAAGGUAGCAGGUUAAAGUCCAAGAAGUUAAUGAAAGAGUCAACAGUUCAGAUUUUUUUUCUUUUCCAAGUUUUAACAGAUUAUGCAGAAGUAUUGCAAAAAAUGUCUGACAAUCAUCAGGGUUUUUUGUAGGGAAUUUUGAGGCGAGUUCCCUGGCUGGUAAACAGUUUGAAAAUAUCACUGUUGGGUUUCUUUCCCCCGCUUUCUCUGGUUUUCAAAAUAAAAGAGGAUUUCCUAUUA